UGCUGGCUGCUCCCUACACCAGCUGUGCCCAUUCACCAUGGAGAAGAUCCUUGUCCUUCUGCUUGUCACCCUGGCGGUGGUGGCCUACGCGGUCCCUGACCCCCGGGGAAUCAUUGUCAACCUGGAGGAGGGCGAGCUCUGCCUGAACAGCGCCCAGUGCAAGAGCAAGUGCUGCCACCGGACGAGCGGGCUGAGCCUGGCCCGCUGCGCGCCCAAGGCCAGCGAGAACAGCGAGUGCUCUGCCAAGACGCUCUACGGGGUUUACUACAAGUGUCCCUGCGAGCGGGGCCUGACCUGCGAGGCGGACAAGUCCAUCGUGGGCUCCAUCACCAACACCAACUUUGGCACCUGCCGAGACAAAGGCCGCUCCCAGGAGUGAAGCCCCACGGGCCGUGCCCGUGGCCCAGCCGGAAGGGUGCCCCUCCUGUGCCCCUUCUCCCCGGCUGGCCGCCCGGGACCAGCACCUCCAUGUCCUGAUUGGGUUCUUGGCCAUUAAAGCCCGUCCUGCA